AAGCACUCAGCAAUCAACUCCACGCCCGGCGUGCCAAAAGCACCGUCUUCUGAAUCUGAAGAGACCGAAGGGCCUAGCCCACCGCCAUGUCUUGGAUAGCCCCCUCAAUUUCAGAAACAGAGCCUCAGCUCUUCAUUGGGAAUGUGUCUAGCUCUGUGAAUCAGGACAGCCUUCGGGGCAACGGCUCGUGCCUGAAGACGGCCCCCUCUUCGUUUCUUGCAUGGACAGGUCCACGAUGGACGUCCUCGCACAGAUGUCCGACAUCUGCGACUUCAUCGACAAACGACUAGGCAACCCGGGCCCUUCAUCGAACCCCAUCGUCCAUUCCUCCAGAACGACACGACGAAGAAGCUUGUUUAGCUCGCCAGCCGUCGUCAUAGCCUAUCCCAUGCAAAAGCACGAAGUCGGGGGUAAGAGGAAGAUCAGGCCGAGUGAGAACUUCCUAGAUCAGCUACGAGCACGGGAGGCUGUCGAGUAUCAGGUGUGGGCGGACGAGGAACGGAAGAUCCCAAUGGAGCCCUAUCAGGCUUACCUUGACAGACGAGCUAUAAAGCUCAAGGCCAAGGGGCUAACUGGAGAUGAGGCUAUUGGAAUUACCAGACUUUGAGCUAAGCCCGAGGGGAUCAUAGAUGGAGCACGAGCGGCGGGUGCAAGCCUGAUUCUCCACACCGCCGAGUCUCAUUUUGACUCCUCGCCGACCGUUUGCGUCGAGGCUUUGUUGAAUACAUAUCCAGCGAUAUGACAAUACUGUCUGUUGAUUCCACAUUUAUUCUGGGUUUUAAUCUCGGCUUCGUUAUGCCUGGUUAGCUACCAUCGUCCAUUGUUGUCAGGAGCCUUAUGUCUCACAUCGAUGUCCCAAGCGAGACCUCGGUAUGCUGAUGCCAGACAAGGAAAGUUCAUUCCGCGAGAGUCCUCCCUGGUACAGCAGGACUCCGGGCAAGGCCGCAAUAAGUGAGAAGUCGAAAUAAAUGCAAUUGCUUGGUUGCCUUGCCGGCAAGUUUCUUUCCAACUCGAGAAUACGGAACGAAGUCCCUUGACUAUACAGGUAUCUUGAUCAU